CACUCUCAUCAUGCCUCCAACAUUUCGCCUCCGUCCAGGAACCGCCUCGGACCUAACCCACGCAGUGCGUCUCUACGACGCCUGUCUCGGAUCCGACAAGUUGGCCGCGCUGCUGUUUCCGCGCAAGAACGAAGAUCCAGAGUCGUAUAAGAAGUAUUUGUACAGACUGUACGCGAAGCGGUACUGGUCCGUGGAAUGGACAUUUACGUUCAUCGUCAAGGAGGGAGGUGAAAGUGAGGAUGAAGAUGACACAGUCGUCGGAUUCUCCUGCUGGAAGAGGCCCAGUGCGGACAUCACCUUCGGAGAGCGAUGGUUUACUCUGUUCGCCUGGAUCGCCCCCCUCGUCCGCACAUUCAUAUCCCUCCAAGACACCCUCCUCGCCCCCCUAAACAUCGACCCCCACGCCGCCCACGCCUUCGACCGUGUCUUCCCGCCCAUCGAAAAGGCCCUCUUCGCGGACAAGAACCGCGCCGAGUGGUGGUACCUCAGCACCCUGGCCGUGCACCCUUCCGUCCAGGGCAUCGGGCUCGGCGCCCUGCUCUUGGGCGAGGGGCUCACCCGGGCGGACGAGGGCAAGGUCUGGCUCAUCGGGCUGAGGGGCACGGAUGCGUAUUACUCGAGAUUUGGUUUUGUCGAAGUGGGAAGGGCGAAUGUGGGAGACUUGAGUGAGUGGGAUGGCGGCAUCGUCAUGUUCCGAGAGUGAUGGAAAGGA